AUGUCAGAAGCCCACAAGAUGGUUUACAACAAACAUUAUGUUCCGCUCGAGUCGAAUCCCACAAUCUUUACAAGGUUGAUACAUGAGUUGGGCGUCUCGCCUUCGUUGGCUUUUUAUGAUGUUCUGUCGAUCGACAAUUCCGAGUUGCUCGCUUUCACUCCUCGGCCUGCACUUGCCCUUAUUCUUGUCUUCCCUACUUCCGCCAAAUACGAGGAGCACAAGGCCAAAGAAGAAGCAUUAAGGAAAUGCUAUGAUGGUUGCGGCGAAGAUGAGCAGGUGAUGUGGUACAGACAAAUGAUCAACAACGCCUGUGGACUUUAUGGUAUUUUGCACGCUAUCAGCAAUGGAGAUUCUAGGCGAUUCAUCCUUCCUGAUUCCCACUUGUCCCGUUUUCUUGAGAGCUGCCGACAGUUGAAGCCUCUCGACCGCGCCCGGAUGCUAGAGAAUGAUGCCGAGCUUGAAUCUGCUUAUAGCAUGUUUGCUCUACAAGGCGAUUCAGAGGUUCCCGAAAACCCCGAAGACGAGGUCGAUUUUCACUAUGUUUGUUUCGUGAAGUCACACAAAGAUGGGCAUCUGUAUGAGAUGGAUGGUGACCGCAAAGGGCCAGUGGACUGGGGUCCUCUAGGAUCAGAUGAGGACGUCCUCGAUGAGCGUAGUCUCUAUCUGGUUCAGGAAUUCAUUCAGAGGGAAGAUGGAUGCAACGCCAAUUUUAGUUUGCUUGUUUUGGCACCUGCGUGA